AUGAGGCCAUCAAAAAAAGAGGAAGAGCAGAGCAUAAUCCUGAUCAGUGACGAUGAAGCUGAGAGCACGCUGGGGAACUCGGUUCUGUUGGUAGACCCUCUGGGUAAGUGCCGUGCUCUUGUUGAGGAGAAUUCUGAGGAAGUUGUGGAUGAGGAAUGUGAACUAGUGGUUACUUUCUGUAAACAAGCUAAUGUGAUGCCUCAUGCAAGAUACGACUGUACAAUACACCCGUUUGAGCGAAUGGAAUGUGAUACAUGCUCACCCCUUGGGAAAAAUGCUGAUAUUUGUGACCAAUGCUACUGCUAUAUUUGUGAUAAGCUAGCUUCUGAGUGUGAGAACUGGACAACCCCUUCCCUCUGCCACUGCAAUGCACAUAACAAGAGCAAGUUCUGGAAGGACCAGCGUGACUUUGCCUUGGCUGGCAUCCUUGUAAUGUUCAAUUUGGAGCUCACAGAUAUAGACGCAGACCUUCGGCACGGUGGAGAUCUUCUACUAAAAUUUAUCCAGGAACUUUCUGUGGAAUAUAAUAAGUAUUCUGGAGUUUUUGCACUGGUAACAAGAUUUUUAAAUCAGGCAGAAAAAGAGAAUCCUAAAGCUACUGCUGUCAUGUUUCUGGGAGCAGCUAAGGAGAUAGCACAUCAUAAAGACCCUGCUUUAAGCUGGCAGAACCUUGGUCACACUGGCUCAUUAAAGAUUGCUGUCCCUUCUCUGCUGCAAAGGAUCACAACCCAUCUUCAGAGGAUGCUGGUGUUGUGUGACUUCCCCAAGUCUUUGUAUGAAAAGUUUGUUCAUUUCUUUCAGUCCAUCUCACUUCCAUGUCACUGCUUUGGCUUCUCAAAUAGCUUGAAUGUUAUGCCAUGGGAUCAUGUGUUACUGACCACUGUCUUAAAAGGCCAGAACAUCACUGGUCAAAGAACACUGAAAGGAAGAAGAGUGUUUCUCUGGGAACCACUCCCUGUUAUAGAGGCUCGAGUGGAGAAAUUGGUAGACAAGAAGAACUAUAAAGAAGUUGUUCGCUACCUGAGGGCCGUGAAGUGCAAUGAAACCAAAGGGUUAAGACACCUCCGGGAUAAAAUCCCAUUCUAUCUGUGUAAAUCUGGAGACUUCCUAGAUGCUGCACAUUCCCUGCUGUUCCCUGUCAAAAGCCUCGCCUGUUGCACUGCCUGCCGCAUCACACCUUUUGAGUAUGAGGUCUAUCUGAAGAUGUUCAGAACAGGCAGUGUCCCUGCUGGAAAGGAUAUGCUGGACUCUGGGCUCUGGAUUACAGUUGGCAAGUGUCCUCCCUUGAAAGAUGACAUUCUGAUUAAGCAGGCACUGAAACUCCUUUACAGCAACAUGUCACUCUACAGGAAUCCUAAAUGCUGGAGUACCCUCAUCAUGAUCUUGGGCAGCAGCAAUUUGCUGGAAAAAAGUGGGCACCUACAUCCCAUGGCCCUGAAAGAGCCUCCACUUGACUUCCAAAAGGGGGUCCUUGCUGCCAGUUGUGGCCUUUUGGAGGAACUGAAGGCAAAAAUUAAUGUUUCUUUACCACCCUCUAUUUUCUCUCCUCAU